UCCUGCGAUAGAACCCCGGUUUCAACAAAGCGCAUGUCCUCUUAGCCCCCGAUCGUCUGCGAUUGACGACUGUUCCGUGGACCUCCCCUCGUAAUCAUGAUGGGCCUGCGUCACGCCGCGCGCGCCUGCCCCUUCUGCGAGGUGCGCGCCUUCCUGGGCCGCCGCCCCCAGCUCCAGCAGACGCGCCUCUACGCCCAGAUCCAGCGCGACAGGGCCGCCCGCUUCGACGAGGCCGCCGCCCGCCGGCGCUCCGGAGGGCCCUCGCGACGGAGGCCAGAUGCGUCGCGGCCGUCGCGCAUGGUGCUGUCCGACACGGUCGCGCGACCAGCCCGCCCCGCAGCAGACGGACAGCCGCCCAAGAAGAAGACGCGCGAACCCUUCUCCUAUCUGAACCGGACCAAGGCCACGGGCAUCCUGCACAAGAGACUAGACGUAGGGCAGGACCAGCGGCAAGACACGCAGAGUCGGCAGUCGUCGGCGACCGAGCGGAGAGAGGGCGACAGGAGAUUCGACAGGAAACGGACCGUCAGCUCCUCGGACUCAUUCCACGCGCUGAAGAUGCAAAAGUCGCUCCACGAGAUACCCUACAGGCUUAGGUCGGCCAUCAAGGCCAAGGUGGAAGAGGUGGACUCGUUCGAGGGCCUGCCGCUGAUGGAGAGCGUGCAAAAGGCCAUCAAGGACGCCCUGCCGGACCUGGAGUACCGCACGCCCACCCCAGCGCAAGCCGUCGCCAUACCCGCGCUACUUGGGCUUCAGAAGCAGCCACGCACGAGGAACCCCGUCAAGAAGACGGGUCCCGAUUCGUACCUCUUGGCCGCAGAGACUGGAUCCGGGAAGACGUUGGCAUACCUGCUCCCGGUCAUUGACGCCAUAAAGCGCGAGGAGGCAGCAGACAAGGAGGAAGCGGAGCGCAAAGCAGCAGAGGACGCCACUACCAAAGCUGCCGACCCGACUCGCAGAGACGACAUCUUUGGUGUCGAGGAGCCCGACCUAAACAAGGCGGUGGACCCUGCCCGCCCUCGCGCCAUCAUUCUGGUCCCGUCUGCCGAGCUCGUCGCCCAAGUCGGCGCCGUUGCCAAAUCCCUCUCACACGAAUGCAAAUUCCGUGCCGCACCCAUCUCAGCGAAGAACUCAGCUACCGUCAUCCGAAACCGUCUCUUCAAUGAGAAUGGCGUCGAUCUGGUCAUCUGCACGCCACCCCUCCUCGCCAGCAUCGCCGAAAGCAACCCCAACAUCCUAGCACGUGUCACGCAUCUCAUCGUCGACGAAGCCGACUCUCUCUUCGACCGUUCCUUCAAACCCAGCACUACAGAGAUUCUGGAACGGGCCACGCCGUCUCUGAAAAAGCUCUUUCUUUGCUCUGCUACCAUCCCGAAGUAUCUCGACAAGUACCUGGCUGAGAAGUUCCCGGAUAUGCAACGCUUGGUUACGCCAAACCUGCAUGCUAUCCCUCGACGAGUUGCGCUCGGCGUUGUCGACGUCAACAAGGAACCGUACCGCGGCAACAAGAUGCUCGCCUGCGCCGACACCAUCUGGCAGAUUGGAAAGGCGACCGCCGACUACGAUCCCGCUGAAGGCAAAGAGGCCAUACCCACCAAGCGUAUCCUUGUCUUCGUCAACGAGCGCGACGAUACUGACAAGGUAGCCGAGUACCUGACCAAGAAAGGCAUCGACGCCAUGGCCUUCCACCGCGAUACGGAUCCAAACCGCCAAGCUAAGGCUCUCGCAUCUUUCACCGGCACAGAAAAGAUCAAAGAGCCCAAAGACAGUGAGGCACAGAAGGAAGCUGCCAAGUCCAAUGCCAGCGGCACAUCGCGACAAUUACUCAACACCAAAGUCAUCGUUACGACCGAUCUCGGCUCGCGAGGUAUCGACACCGUCUCCGUCCGACACGUCAUACUGUACGAUGUACCGCAUACCACAAUCGAUUUCAUCCAUCGUCUGGGCAGGACCGGGCGCAUGGGUAGGAGAGGAAGAGGCAUCGUGCUUGUUGGUCCUGGUGAUCGAGCCGACGUCGUCAAGGAGGUCAGGGAAGCUAUGUUCAAGGGCGAAGCCUUGAUCUAAGAGGUGGCAUGUCCAGUUGUAUAUUAUGUAAUGAAAGUGUACGAUGGUGGGUGUACGAUAUCCGGCACACAUAGAUUAGACAGGGAAUACUCUGCAUCUGCAUCGCAAGGCGUUGGUAGGUAAAUUCAUCUUAUCAUGUAUUUGUAUGAUGUUUCUCCUUCAGUUUUGAACGCUAUUUCAUUCCCCCCGCCGUAAUAGACACUCAGUCUAUGCCCACUGCUGAGCUGACACUUGCGGAGGGGCUGUGGCUGGACGUGUUACUGAGGCGGGGCACAGCAACUCCGCUCUUGUAGUCUUCUGCGCUGCCUAGGCAAGUAUUGGGCAUGUGCAUAAUUUGAGGGAGCUACAGCUUUUACACAUGCUUCCAAGAUGGAUUAGACUUACCUGGCAAAUCAUCACAAAGAGUAUGGGGUUA